AUGCAGCGGUGGCAGCAGCAGCAGCAGCAGCACCGACCACUGGGAGGCGGCGACCACGAGGCGAAAGCAGCAGCAGCACAGACCACUGGAAGGAAGCAGAGGCAGCUGCAGCAGCAGCAGCAGCGAGCACCAGGAGGCUACGACAAGGCGGCGGAGGCAGCAGGAGGAGCAGCAGCAAGCACUGGGAGGCGGCAACUAGGAGGCUUAGGCAGCAGCAGUAGAAGCACCGACGACCGGGAGGCGGCGACUGGGAGGCGAAGGCAGCAGCAGCAGCAACAGAGAGCGCUGGGAGGCGGCGGCCAGGCGGUGGAGGCAGCAGCAGCUGCAGAAGCGAGUUCUGGGAGGCCGCGACUAGGUGGCAGAGACAGCAGCAGCAGCAGCACCAACCACUGUGAGGCGGCGACCAGGAGGCGGGGGCAGCAGCAGCAGCAGCAAGGUAGUAGUAGCAGCAGUAGCAGCGAGCACUGGGAAGCAGGGACCAGGAGGCGGAGGCAGCAGCAACAGCAGCAGCAAGCACAGGAGGCAGCGAACAGGCGGCGGUUGCAGCAGAAGCAUCCAAGACUGGGAGGUGACGACAGGGAGGCGAAGGCAGCAGCAGCAGCAACAGAGAGCGCUGGCAGGCGGCGGCCAGUAGCAGCAGUAGCAGUGAGCACGGGAGGACGGGACCAGGACGCAGAGGCAAUAGCAGCAGCAGCAGCGAACAAGGGGAGGCAGCGUCCAGGCGGCGGAGCAAUUAGCAGCAGCAGCAGUGACCACUGGGGGCAGCAACCAGGAGGCGGAGGGAGCAGCAGAGGUUGCAGUGAGCACGGGGAAACGAGGACCAGGAAGCGGAGGCAGCAGCAGCAGCAGCACCGACCACUGCGGGUGGCAACAAGGAGCAUCAGCGAGCAGCAGGCAGUAGGCACCAGGAGGCGGAGGCAGCAGCAGCAGAUGAAGAAGCGAGCACUGGGUGGCGCGGAACAGGAGGCUGAGGCAGCGGCAACAGAAGCACCGACGACUGGAAGGCGGCGACCGGGAUGCCAAGGCAGCAUUAGCAGCAGCAGCGAGCACCCGGAAUGGGCGACCAGAUGUGGGGGCAGCAGCAGCAGCAGUAGCGAGCACUGGGAGGAGAGGCUGAGACAGCAGCAGCAGCACCAGCGAGAACUGGGAGGCGGAGAGCAGGUGGCAGAGGCAGCAGCAGCAGAAGCACCGACGACUGGGAUUCGGCGACCGGGAGGCCGAGGCAGCAGCAGCAGCAGCUUGCGACCCCUGGGAGGCGGAGAUCAGGUGGCUGAGGCAAUAUCAGAAGAAGCACCAAUGACUGGGAUGCAGCGUCCGGGAGGCCGAGGCAGCAGCAGCAGGUGCACCGACGAUUGGGAUGCGGCGACCAGGAAGCGGAGCCAGCAGCAGCAGCUGCAGCGAGCCCUGGGAGGCGGACAGUAG